AUGAUUAAGGACCAGGAAUCGCUGACACUGGAGGACGUGGCCGUGGACUUCACCUGGGAGGAGUGGCAGCUCCUCGCCCCCACCCAGAAGGACCUGUACCGGGACGUGAUGUUGGAAAAUUAUAGGAACCUGGUGUCAGUGGGGUACAUGGCCAGCAAGCCAGAUGCACUCUCCAGAUUGGAACAAGGGGAACUGUGGACGACAGAACAUGAGAUCCCCAGUCGAAUCCGUCCAGAGAUCAAGAAAGAUGAUGGUCAUCUACAGGGGCACUUGCAAAAUCAAAGAUGUCCAAAGAGAAUGAAACAAUGCCAUGAACAUAAUGCAUUCGGAAAUGUCAUUCAUCAGAGUAAAAGUAAUUUUCCCUUAAGGCAAAAUCAUGAUAUCUUUGACUUAAAUGGGAAAACACUGAAAUCAAAUUUAAGUUUAGUCAACCAGAACAGAAGCUAUGAAGUAAAGAACCUCAUUGAGGUUAAUGGGGAUACGAAAUCCUUAUCCCAUACAAAGCAUGACCAGUAUUGUAUUGAAAUUAAAUUUCCCGAAUGUGGGAAUUCUAUGAAUACAAAUUCCCAAUUCAUCAAGCAUCAAAGAACUGAAAAGAUAGAGAAGCCCCAUGUGUGCAGUGAGUGUGGAAAAGGCUUCAUCAAGAAGUCCCGGCUCAUUAACCAUCAGAGAGUUCACACAGGAGAGAAGCCUCACGAAUGCAGUCUGUGUGACAAAGCAUUCUCCAGAAAGUCCAGGCUUGUUGAACACCAGAGAACUCAUACGGGAGAAAAACCUUAUGAAUGCACUGAAUGUGAUAAAACGUUCCGCUGGAAGUCACAGCUCAAUGCCCAUCAGAAGACCCAUACAGGAGAGAAAUCAUAUAUAUGCAGUGAUUGUGGAAAAGGCUUCAUUCAGAAGGGCAAUCUCAUUGUACAUCAGCGAACGCAUACUGGGGAGAAGCCUUAUAUAUGCAGUGAAUGUGGGAAAGGCUUUAGCCAGAAGACAUGCCUCAUAUCACAUCAGCGAUUUCACACUGGAAAGACUCCCUUUGUGUGUACUGAGUGUGGAAAAUCCUGUUCACACAAGUCUGGUCUCAUUAACCACCAGAGAAUUCACACAGGAGAGAAACCCUAUACCUGCAGUGACUGUGGGAAGGCUUUUAGAGAUAAGUCGUGCCUUAACCGACACCGGAGAACUCAUACAGGAGAGAGGCCCUAUGGAUGUGCUGACUGUGGGAAGGCUUUCUCUCACCUGUCCUGCCUUGUUUACCAUAAGGGAAUGUUGCAUGCAAGAGAGAAAGGUGCACGUUCAGUCGCAGUGGAGAAUCCUUUCCCAGAGAGCUACAGCUCAUCACUUUCCAAUGAUAGCAUGCAGGAGAAGGACCCGGCUAACACGGUGUCCGUGCAGAUGCCUUCUGUAGCAGCUCAGACUUCCUUACACCUCCGUGGCCUCCUAGCAGACAGGAACAUAGCCACCGUGGGACAGCCAGGUACCAGAUGUGCACCAUCAGCAGAUGACGGAUCUGCACCGAGAAACCUUUUGAAUGCAGUGAAUGUGGUAGUGCCUUCACUGAUCAGUUACGUCAUAUUUUAUGUCACAAAAAGCACACAGGAAUAAAGUGUGAUACGAUCAAGGUGGAAAA